GCAUGAGCAGUGAGUGAGCACUCUUAGUUUCUCUCUGUCUGUAUCGUGUCACUGUCGAUUUUGCGAGAAUGAUAGUGCAAGUUCCUCGAUACUUCAGCUAAAAAAAUGUUGGUGUUAAAACAAACCGGGACUCUCGAUGCUUCGAAUUGUUUGAUUAAAUUUUGGGCGAGCACCGUUCGUUGCGAUAUGAUUCUUGUCGGGGCGCAAGAACGAUCGGAACGCGCGUUACGCGUGCCAAUAGAACGUUUUAUGGUUUAGCCUAUUAGGAGUAUCAGACUCGUUUGCGAUGACGUAAAAUACAAUCCAGAAUAUAACACGAUGAACAAGGCUAGGAUAGGGUCAGAUUAUAUUCCGUUAGUGGAAGACGACAUGCCGAGAACGCGGCUCGUUCUGCCUUUCGCCAAAGUGGCAUGGUUCACCGUGUCCCUACCAUUUCUAGCAUUUAUCUUUUGCGUUGUUUGGUCCGUCGUCUACAAUUUCGAGCAUUCUACUUCGACGCAUUGCAAGGUUUAUAACUUUUUGCCAUCUGUCUCUGCCGCAAUUGGACAUUUCAGGCCACAAAAAGAUGUAUGGAAAGGUGCUAUUGCCACGCAAGCAGCGAUAAGAUUUUUGGUAUGGAUAAUGUACCGCCGUUAUUACAAAGAGUAUGUUUAUAAAUGGGCACAGAGCAUUUGUAACGUGGCAACAAUUACCUAUGCCAUUGAAAACAUAUCUUUGGUAACAUUGAGCUUCUGGACUUCGGACGAGAAUUAUGCAUUCCAUAAAUUUUCGUUCAUAACGUUUCUAAUAAUGUCUUUCGUUCAUAUGCUCGUUGCAUAUUUUAUUAUGAGGAAUUGCCGCAAUGUCACCAAGGAAUCUUCGGAAGCUGCUUCUUUACAAUGGAAGCGGAGAACUAUGAUGACGAAUGUGUUGUGUAUACUUCUUGCCUGCUACUUCUUUUACAGGCACAACAAGUAUUGCGAGCCAUUAGUUUACUCCAUGUUUGCGUUGAGCGAAUACGGAGUCGUACUAUCGAACAUGGGAUUUCAUUCGACCGCAGCUUGGGAUUUUGCCAGUUCCCGUCUAAUGAUAUCGGGAAUGAAACUGAGAAUAAUUUAACUCCGCAGUUUCAUACGAACGUUAUUGCGUUGACGAGCGACUAUAAAAUAUAUUUUUAUAUCAGUCUCAUAA